GAAGAAGAAGAAGCCAUGUCUGCACAGACAGCAGCAAAAUGUGUGUCAGCUGUGUGAAGAAGUAGCGGGAGCUGUGUCAAAUUAUUGACUUUCCAGCUGCGUGUAAAAGCAGUUAAAUGGAGACAGCAGGAGAGGAGGAGAGUAUGGAUGUGCAAGGAGCAGCUGCAGCAGAAGAACCAAGCUGUUCUGGCCACAGAACAGCGCUUCACAAGCCGGUUUGGGCUUUGUUAGAAGAAGCAGCCCAAAUGAAAACAGAGGGGAAUGCUUUCUACCGUGAAAAGAACAUUCGUUCAGCCAUCAGGCGGUAUCACUGUGCUCUGCUGGUCCUCCGUGGCCUGGACUCUGAUGUCAUGUCAUCCAUGAAAGGACUUGGACCUGAGACACCUACUCUCACACCUGAACAGGAGGCCUUACUGAGGAACACACAAGUGGACUGCUACAACAACCUAGCUGCCUGUUUGCUGCAGAAACAGAAUGUUGACUACAGUCGUGUCCAGGAGUACAGCCUGCGGGUGCUGCAGUGGCGACCAGGUGAUGUUAAAGCACUUUACAGGGCAGGAGUGGCCACACUGGAACUGGGAGAUGCACAAACUGCCAAACAGUACCUCACCCAGGCCUGCAGGGAGCAGCCUAAUGAUGCCAAUGUGAGAAAGCACCUGCAGAGGGCUGAGGAGAAGUUAAAUCGAGAGUUGCAAAAGGAGAAAGCCAUGUAUCGAGGCAUGUUUUCCCCCGGCCUAAAGACCAGCUCCGGAGAAGAGAUUAACCAAACCAACAGAGGAGACAACUGACUUCAGUCUGCAUGCUCAACGCAGCAGAAAUAAAGCCUAGUCUUGGAAAAAAUCUUUGCAGAUUGAGCAGAUCAUAAACUGAACUGAGAGAAUGUUCACUUUGCAUAUCGUAAAUCACUAACGGUACUGCAAGUGUUUUUGAGGUGAUCAUGGGUUAGUACUGAUUAUGUACUACAUAUAAUACUGGAAGGCAGAGAGGAAAGUCAAGAUGAUGCUGCUGAAAAUAGAACAGAGACAACAAGGAAGUUAGUUUCCUAGCAACAAGGAAACAAAGCUAUUUUUCAGUUUAAAAGCGAGAGUACGGAUAUUUCAGAAAACGCCUUUAAAAGCUAAUGGGGUACUUUUCAUGCACUGCUCAAAGGUUGUGUUUUUGCCCUCAUGAUUUCAUUCAGUGCUGUGAAUGUUGACGUGAGUUUUCGAUUAAAAUAUUUUUUUUAUAAAGAAUG